AUGCCUCCAUUAGUUUCAGCCAACAAAAGAACCGCAGCUGAAGGAGUCAUAUUGAUGAACCUUAAAAGAACCUUGAAUAACUUGAACAAUGCAGAGAUAUUAUCUUCAAUGGAAGAGCUUGAGACAUUGAAGGAAGCAGUUGGUGUUGUUCAUGGUGCAGUAGCAGCAUUCCAAAAGGAUGAUCAUUCGAAUGGCAGUAGCCUUGGGAAUCUAGGGGCUCUGCUGCAUCAAGCUGAUGACCUCCUUGAUGAAAUUCUCGCUCGCUAUCAUGGUGGAAGGCUUUCAAGAAAUCAGAAUGGGAAUCUGGGGAGAAACCUCGGUCGUGCCUUGCAGAGAGUGGUCAAUGCCAGUAACAGACUUACAGAAAAAGCAAUUGCUAUACAAAUUAAUGAGUUAAGCAAAGGUUUGGAUGACUUGGGGAAUCAAUUGAAGAGUAAGCAUGGCUCAAUUGGACCUCCUCAUUCUUACACUCUCUCUGAAAAUAUAGUUUUUGGGAGGGAUAAUGAAAAGAAGAAACUCAUAAAGAAACACAGAGAAGAAGGAACCAGCGUAUCUGUCAUUCCUAUAAUUGGAUCACCAGGAUUAGGGAAGUCGGCUUUGGCUCAGAUUGCGUAUGAAGAUGAAAGGGUAAAGAAUCAUUUUGACUUGAGAAUGUGGAUUCAAGUCUCACAGAUUUCUGACCAGAAACAACUCAUCCGGGAAAUUUUGGAGUCUUGUACAAAUAGGAGGCCUAAUUAUAGGCGAAAUCCUAAAUAUCCCCGUUCCCGUGUUCAUCAAAAUGGGUUGACAUUUCGUAAUAUUUUAGGAUGUCAAAGUAUUGAUACGACUCCUAAUAAUAUGGAUAGUCAAAAUGGAAGUGACAUCAACGAAAGCCGACUCCGGAAAGAGAUCCAAGGGAAACUGUACCUGCUGGUCCUAAAUGAUGCAUGUAUAACACAUGAGCAAAGUUUGGGUACAAUAUUUGGGCAGCGUUUGAAAGACUUGUUAGCAUCAGGUGCAAAAGGAAGUCGAAUUUUGUUGACUACACGCCAUUUGAAAGGGGCGCUUUUUGCAAAAAGUGAAAUUGUUAAGUCUUAUAAAUUAAAGUGCCUGUCAGAGGAUAAUUCUUGGUCUUUGUUCCAAAAAUUUGCAUUUAGACAAAACAAUGUAAGGGAUAAUGAAUUGGAGCAUAUAAGGAGAGAAAUAGCUAGAAACUGUGGGGGUGUUCCACUUACUCUAAAGGUUGCAGCAAGUUUCCUUUAUGGCAAAGAUGAUGAUAAAUGGUUGUCUUUCAGUGAAAAAUUGAAGUCAGAUGCAAAACAUGAGAAUGAUAGAAUGAAACAUGUCAGCUACGAUGACCUCCCAACUCGGCUAAAAGCUUGCUUGGGCUAUUGUUCUUUGUUUCCUGAAAAUUUUACUUUCAACAAGCACGAUCUCAUUAGUCUCUGGAUAGCACAGGGAUACAUUAACAGGACCAAAGUUUUGAGGAGGCUGCAGAGAAGUACUUUCUGGAAUUGUCACGGCGCUGCUUCUUUGAGGAUGUCAUCACUGAUUACUUGGGGAAUAUCAUCAAUUAUGCAGGGGGUUAAUCUGGAAUCUACAUGCAAACAUGUUUCUUUGACAUGUGAUCUGGACUCAUUGAGGAAUAUCUCAUCAUCCGUACUUCAAGUUCAAAAUUUGCGGACACUUGUUUUAGCCAAGGGAACAGAUUGUGCCACAGAGAUAGACUCUUUGGUGUGCAAUAGGUUGAUAUCUAGUUUCAAAUGCAUAAGGGUUUUGGACUUGCGUGAUCUUGGAAUUGAGGAAUUGCCGGUUUCCAUGGGUAAGCUGAUUCAUUUGAGAUACUUUGAUCUCUCCAGAAAUGAUGCUCUGGUUACUCUACCAAAGUCAGUCACAUAA